GACUUGAGGAAAAAAGUCUGUAAAUAAGAACCCUGGAGGAAUGAAUGAAUGAAAUGAAUGAACGAACAGCUGCGUCCACUCCCCGUAACCCCUUUAGCAACCGCAACCAUGUGGGUCCAGGUACGAACCAUGGACGGGAAGGAGACUUACACCAUAGACUCCCUGUCCAGGCUCACCAAAGUGGAGGAGUUACGACGAAAGAUCCAAGACCUGUUUCACGUGGAGCCUGGCCUGCAGAGGCUCUUUUACCGGGGUAAACAGAUGGAGGACGGCCACACUCUCUUCGAUUACGACGUGCGCCUGAAUGACACCAUCCAGCUGCUGGUGCGGCAGAGCCUGGUGCUGCCGUCUAGCUCUAAGGAGAGGGACUCCGAGCUGUCGGACACUGACUCCGGCUGCUGCCUGGGCCAGAGCGAGUCAGACAAAUCCUCCACCCAGGGCGAGGCUGCGGGCGACAAGGAUGCCCUGGACGAGACGGACCUGGGGCUCUACAAGGUGAAUGAGUAUGUGGACGCGCGGGACACCAGCAUGGGUGCGUGGUUUGAGGCGCAGGUGGUGCAGGUGCUGAGGAAGGCUCCUGCCCAGGAUGAGCCCUGCAGCUCCACGGCCAUCCCGACCCUGGAGGAGGACAUUGUUUACCGGGUGAAAUAUGAUGACUACCCCGAGAACGGCGUGGUGACCAUGAACUCCAGGGAUGUUCGUGCGCGUGCCCGCACGCUGCUCCCGUGGCAGGAGCUGGAGGUGGGCCAAGUGGUCAUGCUCAACUACAACCCCGACCUCCCCAAGGAGCGGGGCUUCUGGUACGACGCGGAGAUUGUCAGGAAACGGGAGACCAGGACGGCGCGGGAGCUCUAUGCCCACGUCAUGCUGGGGGACAACUCUCUCAACGACUGCCGGAUCAUCUUUGUGGAUGAAAUCUUCAAGAUCGAGCGCCCUGGUGAAGGAAGCCCCAUGGUGGAGAACCCCUUGCGACGGAAGAGUGGCCCGUCCUGCAAGUACUGCAAGGACGACCCCAACAAGCUGUGCCGUGUGUGCGCCUGCCACCUGUGCGGGGGCCGCGAGGCGCCCGAGAAGCAGCUGCUCUGCGACGAGUGUGACAUGGCCUACCACCUGUACUGCCUGUGCCCGCCCCUCAGCAGCGUGCCCACUGAGGCUGAGUGGUACUGUCCGGAGUGCCGCAACGACGCCAGCGAGGUGGUGCUGGCGGGGGAGCGGCUGCGGGAGAGCAAGAAGAAGGCCAAGAUGGCUUCCGCAACCUCGUCCUCCCAGCGGGACUGGGGCAAGGGUAUGGCCUGUGUCGGCCGCACGAAGGAGUGCACCAUCGUCCCCUCCAACCACUACGGACCCAUCCCUGGUGUCCCCGUUGGCACCAUGUGGCGGUUCCGUGUUCAGGUCAGCGAGUCUGGGGUCCACCGGCCGCAUGUGGCGGGGAUCCAUGGCCGCAGUAACGAUGGGGCGUACUCCCUGGUCCUGGCCGGCGGCUAUGAGGAUGACGUGGUGAGUGACCAUGGGAAUUUUUUCACAUACACGGGAAGUGGAGGGCGAGACCUUUCUGGUAACAAGCGGACCGCAGAACAGUCAUGUGACCAGAAACUCACCAACACCAACAGGGCCCUGGCACUGAACUGCUCGGCACCCAUUGAUGAUGUAAAAGGUGCGGAGUCUAAGGACUGGCGGUCUGGGAAACCGGUCCGGGUGGUCCGGAACAUGAAGGGCGGCAAGCAUAGCAAGUACGCCCCAGCUGAGGGCAACCGCUAUGAUGGCAUCUACAAGGUGGUGAAGUACUGGCCUGAGAAGGGAAAGUCUGGCUUCCUGGUGUGGCGGUACCUCCUGCGGAGGGAUGACAGUGAGCCUGGGCCCUGGACCAAACAGGGAAAGGACCGGAUCAAGAAACUGGGGCUCACCAUGCAGUACCCCGAAGGCUACUUGGAAGCCCUGGCCAACAAGGACAAGGAGAAGGAGAACAGCAGGGGCACAGCCACAGGGCAGGGGACCCUCAUGUCCCCCCAGGGCCUGUGGAAGCGGAAGUCCGCAGGUGAGGCCAGCUCGGCUGCCCAGGGCAGCAAGAGGACCAAGCUGGAGCCCCACAGCCUCACAGCCCAGCAGAGCAGCCUCAUCCGGGAGGACCAGAGCAACGCCAAGCUGUGGGAUGAGGUCCUGAAGUCGCUCAGCGAAGGGCCGGUAUUCCUGAGUAAAGUGGAAGAGGCCUUCCAGUGUAUCUGCUGCCAGGAGCUGGUAUUCCGGCCUGUCACCACCGUGUGCAAGCACAAUGUAUGCAAGGACUGCCUGGACAGGUCCUUCCGAGCCCAGGUGUUCAGCUGCCCGGCCUGCCGCUAUGACCUGGGCCGCGGCUACGUCACAGAGGUGAACCAGCCGCUGCAGAGCGUUCUCAACCAGCUCUUCCCGGCUACGGCAGUGGCCGGUGAUGCCGCCCAGUCUCCUGUCCUGGAACCCCAGCCUGGUCGCCGCCUUCUGGCCUUUGCUUUCCUCUUAGUGGGCUUAAUUUAAACAGGUAGUUCCCUACAAAGGCUUGUCUCAUUCAGCCCCCCCCCCCCCCCCCCUUUUUUUUUUUUUGGUUAUUGAGUCUAUACAUUCAGAACAGUUCUCACAUUCUGGCUGAAAGGUAGGCUUCACCGUGUUUUGCAUCUUUAAAAAAUAAAAAUACAAAGCCUGCCACUGACCUUCAAGACAGCAAAGAAAACCCGAUGGCUUGAAGAUGGAGUUAGGAACUGCAGGCCCCCAAAAGCUCCACGUGACUCAAGAGCAGAUUUGCAGAAUUAAUUGCCUCUGACCUCAGGAGAUGGAGUCUGGCUGCCGAGAACAGCCUUUGCAAGGCUUGUAGUUUCUGUCCCCCUGUGAGGUGAAAGCCACCGAGAGACAGCCCAGCUUCUAGUCACCAGGUGUUGGGAGAAAUUGGGGCUCCAUGGCCCAGAAGCCAUCUCUGUGGGAGCCCCAGCUGGAAGGCCUGUCCCCAUGGGUAGAGAGAGCACUGGAGCCAAGCAGAAUCUACCUCAGCUGGACUCACCUGUCAGGGGGCCGGGCGCCACCCCAGGAAUAAGCGCCCAGUGCCACGUAGCCAAGUGCCUUCCGCCUGCCCAGCCUUCUCUAACGAUGGGCUCUUUCUCAGCACUGAAUUGUUGAAAAAUGCCAACCAGAUUCCAGGAAGUGCCCAUCCAGCUCUUCCCGAUGCACUUGGGUGUGUUUGGGGAUGUUUGAGUUCUUGAUCAUCUAAAUUCACCUUUUCUUUUUAACUCAAUGAUUGAGAAGAUAAGGGAUUUGUCUUUUCAUUUUGAACUUAGAACACUUUAAAAUGAAUUAUCUUUUGUAGUUAUUGUAUAUGUAUCAAGAAAGAUGUAACUUAGGGUUUAUUUUUUUUUUCUUUUUGGUUUUGUUUUGUUUUCAGAAUGGUUUGUUGAUUUUUCUAAAUAUUACCAAAGUUUGCAGCUGAUACCUCAUUGGAACAAGAAUAUCUGAAAUUUCACAUAACUACAGACAAACCAGUGCAAUUCUGAGUUUAAAGGUGGUAUUUUUUUGUUUUAUUUCCUUUGUUAGAUUGAAUGCAUUAGGGAAGAAAUAAAAUUCUGUGUAGGCUUUUUUCUGAAGUUCAAUAAUCUUUGUCCAGGUUUUAGCUUGAGAAUAAAUGUUUCUCACAGAUA